GUGAGCAGGCGCUCGGGCGCGAGAAGUGUGCGGGCGCAGGAGCACUUUGCGAUAGGAUGAGGCUCUUGGCUGGCGCGCGGUAGUACUAUGAUUUGGUAUGUGGCCACUUUGAUAGCAAGUGUGAUCAGCACCCGAGGUCUUGCGGCUCAAGCUGCCCACGGCCUACGAGAGGAGCCCGAGUUUGUGACCGCAAGAGCCGGUGAGAGUGUGGUCCUGCGAUGCGACGUGAUUCAUCCGGUGACGGGACAGCCCCCGCCCUAUGUCGUGGAGUGGUUCAAGUUUGGGGUGCCCAUCCCUAUCUUCAUCAAGUUUGGCUACUAUCCACCUCAUGUGGACCCUGAGUAUGCAGGCCGGGCAAGCCUUCAUGAUAAAGCAUCCUUACGGCUGGAACAGGUCCGCUCUGAGGACCAGGGCUGGUACGAGUGCAAAGUGCUCAUGCUGGACCAGCAGUAUGACACCUUUCACAACGGCAGCUGGGUCCAUCUCACCAUCAACGCUCCUCCCACCUUUACAGAAACACCCCCCCAAUACAUUGAGGCCAAGGAAGGUGGCAGUGUUACCAUGACCUGCACAGCUUUUGGAAACCCCAAGCCCAUUGUCACCUGGCUUAAGGAGGGGACACUCCUAGGUGCUAGUGGGAAAUACCAGGUGAGUGAUGGCAGCCUGACAGUGACAUCGGUCAGUAGGGAGGACAGAGGUGCCUACACCUGUCGUGCAUACAGCAUCCAGGGAGAGGCUGUCCAUACCACUCAUCUGCUUGUCCAAGGGCCUCCCUUCAUAGUUUCCCCUCCUGAGAACAUCACUGUCAACAUAUCCCAGGAUGCUCUGCUCACCUGCCGGGCAGAGGCAUAUCCCGGCAACCUCACCUACACCUGGUAUUGGCAGGAUGAAAACGUCUACUUCCAGAACGACCUGAAGUUGAGAGUGCGGAUCUUGAUUGAUGGGACCCUGAUCAUCUUCCGAGUGAAGCCUGAGGAUGCGGGGAAGUACACCUGCGUCCCUAGCAACAGCUUGGGGCGCUCCCCCUCCGCCUCAGCAUACUUAACUGUGCAGUACCCAGCCCGUGUCCUCAACAUGCCCCCUGUCAUCUACGUGCCCGUGGGAAUUCACGGCUAUAUCCGAUGCCCUGUGGAUGCAGAGCCGCCGGCCACCGUGGUCAAGUGGAACAAGGAUGGCCGCCCCCUGCAGGUUGAGAAGAACCUGGGUUGGACCUUGAUGGAGGAUGGCUCCAUUCGGAUUGAGGAGGCCACAGAGGAGGCUCUUGGCACUUACACCUGUGUGCCUUACAACACCUUGGGGACCAUGGGCCAGUCUGCUCCCGCACGGCUUGUCCUGAAGGAUCCCCCGUAUUUUACGGUGCUACCAGGCUGGGAAUAUAGGCAGGAGGCUGGCCGGGAGCUGCUCAUUCCCUGCGCUGCUGCAGGGGACCCUUUCCCUGUCAUCACGUGGAGAAAGGUAGGGAAGCCCAGCAGAAGCAAGCACAAUGCCCUGCCCAGCGGGAGUCUCCAGUUCCGAGCCCUGAGUAAGGAGGACCACGGGGAGUGGGAGUGCAUCGCCACCAACGUGGUCACCAGCAUCACUGCCAGUACCCACCUGACCGUCAUCGGCACCAGCCCCCAUGCCCCGGGCAGUGUCCGGGUCCAGGUCUCCAUGACAACUGCCAACGUGUCCUGGGAGCCAGGCUAUGAUGGAGGAUUCGAGCAGACAUUCUCAGUUUGGAUGAAGCGGGCACAGUUUGGGCCCCAUGACUGGCUGUCUUUGCCAGUGCCGCCGGGACCCAACUGGUUGCUAGUGGACACCCUGGAGCCCGAGACAGCGUACCAGUUCAGCGUCCUGGCCCAGAACAAGCUGGGAACGAGCGCCUUCAGUGAGGUGGUCACUGUGAACACUUUAGCAUUCCCUAUCACAACUCCAGAACCCCUGGUGCUGGUUACCCCACCAAGGUGCCUCACAGCCAAUCGGACCCAGCAGGGUGUGCUCCUGUCUUGGCUACCCCCUGCCAAUCACAGCUUUCCCAUUGACCGCUACAUCAUGGAAUACCGUGUCGGGGAACACUGGGAGACGUUAGAUGGUGCCAUCCCAGGCACUGAUGGAGAGUUCUUUGCCAAGGAUCUGUCACAGGACACCUGGUACGAAUUCCGGGUUCUGGCCGUCAUGCAGGAUCUGAUCAGCGAACCCAGCAACAUCGCCGGCAUCUCCAGCACAGACAUCUUCCCACAGCCGGACCUGACCGAUGACGGGCUAGCUCGGCCUGUGUUGGCUGGAAUCGUAGCUACCAUCUGCUUCUUGGCAGCUGCCAUCCUGUUCAGCACCCUGGCCGCCUGCUUUGUCAACAAGCAGCGCAAGCGUAAGCUCAAGCGCAAAAAAGAUCCUCCACUCUCCAUUACUCACUGCAGAAAGAGCCUGGAGUCUCCCUUGUCCUCUGGCAAGGUGAGCCCCGAGAGCAUCCGCACACUCCGGGCCCCGUCGGAGUCCUCCGAUGACCAAGGCCAGCCGGCAGCCAAGAGGAUGCUGAGUCCCACCCGGGAGAAGGAGCUGUCGUUGUACAAGAAGACCAAGAGGGCCAUCAGUAGCAAGAAGUACAGUGUGGCCAAGGCCGAGGCCGAGGCUGAGGCCACGACGCCCAUCGAGCUCAUCAGCAGAGGCCCCGAUGGCCGCUUCGUGAUGGAUCCGUCCGAGAUGGAGCCCUCGAUGAAGAGCAGGCGCAUCGAGGGUUUCCCCUUUGCCGAGGAGACGGACAUGUACCCCGAGUUCCGCCAGUCGGAUGAGGAGAACGAGGACCCGCUGGUGCCCACAUCUGUGGCUGCCCUGAAGUCCCAGCUGACCCCUCUGUCGUCCAGCCAGGAGUCCUACCUGCCACCACCAGCAUACAGCCCUCGGUUCCAGCCCCGUGGGUUGGAGGGCCCCGGCGGCCUGGAAGGUCGGCUCCAGGCCACAGGCCAGGCCAGACCCCCCGCCCCCCGGCCCUUCCACCAUGCCCAGUAUUAUGGGUACCUCAGCAGCAGCAGCCCUGGGGAGGUGGAGCCGCCGCCCUUCUACAUGCCAGAAGUGGGCAGCCCCUUGAGCUCGGUCAUGUCCUCCCCACCCCUGCACACUGAGGGGCCUUUCGGCCACCCCACCAUUCCUGAGGAAAACGGAGAGAAUGCUUCCAACAGCACGCUGCCCUUGACUCAGACACCCACAGGAGGGCGAUCCCCUGAGCCCUGGGGCCGGCCAGAAUUCCCCUUUGGGGGCCUGGAAACCCCGGCCAUGAUGUUUCCCCACCAGCUGCACCCCUGUGAUGUAGCCGAGAGUCUGCAGCCCAAGGCCUGCCUCCCCCGAGGACUGCCCCCCACCUCCCUGCAGGUGCCCGCGGCCUACCCAGGCAUCCUGUCUCUGGAGGCGCCAAAGGGUUGGGCAGGCAAAUCGCCGGGCAGAGGCCCCGUCCCAGUGCCCACCUCCGCUAAGUGGCAGGACAGACCUAUGCAACCUCUGGUGAGCCAAGGGCAGCUAAGACAUACCAGCCAAGGUAUGGGCAUCCCCGUGUUGCCUUACCCCGAGCCGGCCGAGCCCGGGGGGCACAGCGGCCCCAGCACAUUUGGCCUGGACACCCGGUGGUACGAGCCCCAGCCCCGGCCCCGGCCCAGCCCCCGGCAGGCCAGGCGCGCCGAGCCCAGUUUACAUCAAGUGGUGCUACAGCCCUCCCGGCUCUCGCCUCUGACCCAAAGCCCCCUCAGCUCCCGCACCGGCUCCCCUGAGCUUGCCGCCCGGGCCCGGCCUCGCCCGGGCCUCCUGCAGCAGGCAGAGAUGUCGGAGAUCACCCUGCAGCCGCCGGCCGCUGUCAGCUUCUCUCGCAAAUCCACGCCAUCCACGGGCUCCCCUUCCCAGAGCAGCCGCAGCGGGAGCCCCAGCUACCGGCCCACCAUGGGCUUCACCACGCUGGCCACAGGCUAUCCUUCCCCUCCGCCAGGCCCUGCAGGGCCUGCGGACAACCUGGAUGUGUUUGGACAGACGCCUUCCCCUCGAAGGAUGGGGGAGGAACUGCUCAGACCAGAGCCCCCCCCACCGCCAUUACCUACUUCAGGAACACAUCCACCUGCACCCGGGAAUGCUGCUGCACCUGAGAGGCUGGAGGCUCUGAAAUACCAACGGAUAAAGAAGCCCAAAAAGUCAUCCAAGGGCUCUUCGAAGUCAAAGAAACGAUCCGACGGUUCUGCCUCCCAGGCUCAGCAGCUUCCAGAUUCCCAGGUUCUGUGGCCCGAAGAAGCCGUCUGCCUCCGAAAGAAGAAGAGACAUUCCCGGCCUGACCCCUUCGCCCGCCUCUCAGACCUGUGCCACCGCCAGCUCCCGGAAGACCAGACGGCGAUUCUUAACAGCGUGGAUCAUGACGACCCUGGCCACGCCACCUUGCUGUGACGCGACACAACUCUAAGUGGUCCUAGUGUGGUCACGCUGGGCUGAGGGGCGGGGGAGGGAGGAUGACGGUGUGCCCGCUGAGGGGUAGUCUGGGGGGCUGCUCCGACCUUUGUUCUGCUCAUUCUCUCUCCAGCGAGAGUGCAGCCUCCUCCAGAUCCUGGCCAGCUGGUCUCACUUUGGGGAGAGCGGGCCAGGGGCAGACCUGUAGGUAGAGAUCAGGAAGUGAACUGGGGACAGGGAGAGAUCGGCCUCCUUCCCACCUCUCCCCUCUUCACUGGCUUGAUUUUUCUCACCUCUUCAAAUACCUUUGGAAGUGAAGAAGGGGAAAGCAAUGGCUUUUACUGCUCUCUGCUUCUGUUUCAGUUUUUUCAAGUCCUGGAAGAGGGCUGGACUGCCCAUCCCAUCUUCCAAUUCUACAUAUAUAUAGAUAUAGAUACAAAUGCAUCUGUAUGUAGUUUGUGGGUUUCUCUAUGUAUAUAUAUGUACAUUGAAGCAAAGUGCUGUUUAUUUCUGUGGUCAGUGAAGGAAGGAAGAGGAGGGCAGCAGACUUGUGCGGUUUGUAAGGAGGAUCGGCAGAGAGCCGGCUGGGCGUCCUGAUGUCUGUCCAGGGUGUCAUUCCUCCUGAAACAGGAUUCAUGCCUUCUCCGCUGAACUCACCGUUCAUCUCUCUACCUUCUCCCUUCCAGAGCAGAAAUGGGGCUUGCCAUGAUGGCCAGCUGCCUGCUCUGGGGGGGGAGGUAAUGAGUUACCACAGAACUAAAUGCAAGCCCUUACUUCUUGGUUCCUAGGUGAAGAGAGGGUGGCCAGCAAAGGGCAGACUGGUGUCUUUCUUUCUUCCACGGGUUGGCUCCUGCUGCAGGAGUAGAAGCUGCUUAGCAGGAGGGCCAAGAGGCAGGUCCUGCACAAACGCACACUCAUCUGUCAGGCCCUCUUGGUCCAGCCGGGCGGGGGGCCCUGUGGCCCAAGGGCCGGCUCCUGUUCUGGAGCCAUCUGUGUGGAGCGCCAGGCUGCUGCGGCUCUAUUUAUAUCCUGCCUCUGGCUCGGCACCCUCUAGAGUGCUGUUCCAAAGGCGCUGAUUGGAUUCCUCCUUUCUUUUUGUGGGAGCUAAUUCCCCAGAUUGAUUAAUUGCCACUUGUGGGGAGCCCGCCUGCGGCUCCUUUCCAUCUCUCCACGUGCCGCCUGCAGACUCUUCUUUGCCCUGGGCCUUCCUCCAACCCGUGGACCCAAGCUCCAACAGGAUGGGAUCGGAUGAAGCAAGG